GUACUAAAAAAUCUAAAAUACUAUUUAAAAUGUCUGUCGAAAAUAGAAAGGAUCGUAUCAAGACAGCCGCUAUGUCUGAAGUUCUAUCGCAUUUUUUGGUUCCAUCAGAAAAAUUGGAUAGAGCUACUAAGAUUGUUAUAGCGCCGUACGCGCAGAUCGAACGUAAAGGACAGAAGGAGGAGACUAAAUCGUACUUAGAUAUGAACAGAUUUACAACUUUCUUAGACGAAACGGUCGAUUUGGAGGCCCUUUUGUACGAAACGGCGAACGUCCUUCAAGCUAUUACCAGCAGCUCCGGAGUCUUUGUAUACAUUGUGGAUAAAGUGAAAAAUGAAAUCGUUCUCUUGACACAGAGUACGAAGAACCCUGAACGCCACGAAGUCAACAUACCGAUCGAGGAUUGCAAAAUCUCAGCAGCAUAUGCUGCCUACACAAAGGAGAAUUUACUUCUGGAUGAUGUGCAGAAGGACAAACGCUUCUCCGAAGGCUUGAAGUGGGUGGACGCUAAAGUAGCGCUUUGUGUCCCAAUCGUAAAGCCAGAUGGAGAAUGCUACGCUGUGUUGGAACUGUACCGGACUGACCCAAAACCUUAUGAUAGUCAAACUCUUUACACCGUAGUAAGCGUGGCUUGCUGGGCAGGUGCUGCAGUCCAUCAGACCCAGGAGAGAAUAACGCUAAAACGGUCCAGCCAUCUCAACAACGAGCUCCGGUUGCUUCUGCAGAACUAUUUCUGCGAUCUCGCCUCAAUUGAUACGAUGUUGACGGAUAUGCUUAGACUGGUCAAAACGUUCAUGGGCGUGAUGCGAAGUAGCUUCUAUAUAAUCGACAAGGAGCAUACUGGCGACAAUAUUUUAGGCGAUUUGUGGGAGGACGGCUUUGAAUUCGAUGAUGCUACAAUUCCACAUAAGAAAAUGAAAGUAAACUUAAGUACAGAAGCAACCCCCGCUUCACUGGUUGCUCAAACUGGCGAAUUUUUAAACGUCCUCGACGCUUACAAAGACCCGAGGUUCGAGAAGGAAAUUGAUCCCAUAACUGGCACGAUAGUCCGCUUCUGCUUGGUAUCGCCUAUCAUGGACAAGACUGGUGUUAUUGGCGUGGUUCAAUUGACUAACAAAAAGAAUUUGAAGCCCUUUGAUGAGGAUGACGAAGCCGUGUUCAAAGUGUUCAUAAGCUACUGCUCUCUCAUUGUCCAUUUCUAUAACUUGGACCAAAAGAAGGUGUACCAUGAAAGUCUCAACAAAAUUUACUAUGAGCUCAUGGGUCUACAUCUCAGGCCAUGCAAACACGACUUCGAUGCACUUAUGGCCACACACGGCGUCGCUGUUCCACCAACUAGUUUCAAUAGCCACACUUUUCACAUCAGCGAAACCAAUAAAGAAGAUAUGGCUGGACUUAUUUGCUUCAUGUUCAUAGAAACAUUUGCCAAGAACUUCGAUCGCCAAGUUUUGGCGGACUUCGUGUUGACCGUCCUCAAAUGUUACCGAAACAAUACCUAUCAUAAUGCGGAGCAUGCCUUCAGUUUUACCCACACCAUGUAUCUAAUUUUGAAGAACAAUGCCGAACGCUUUGAUUUUAUUGAGACAGCAGGCCUCAUGAUAGCCGGUCUCUGUCAUGACGUAGACCACCCCGGCUACAACAACUCCUUCCUUGCGCUCCGACAGCACCCUCUAGCACGCAUGUACAAGUCAUCCAUGCUGGAACACCAUCAUUACUAUAUCACGAAGAAGAUUGUUAAGGACAAGAACUUGUUAGGUCACCUACCAGAAGACGACCAAUCCAAAAUACUUAAGGAGAUGAAGUACAAUAUUUUAUGUACAGAUUUGGCAGUUUAUUUUCAGGUGCGCGCCCAACUUACCCCAGUGAUCACAGAAGAUGCCUUUGACUGGAACAAUGCUGAGCACAAGAAAUUGUUGAAGGGUAUUUUGAUGACGACGUGCGACUUGUCGGGCAGCUGCAAGCCCUUCAACAUCGCCAAAAGCAAUGCCAACGCAGUCUAUGAGGAGUUCUAUAACCAGGGGGAUAAAGAGCGUGAGCUAGGCUACACUCCCCUGCGAAUGAUGGAUCGCCGUCGUCGCGGCAAACGUGCGGCGGAGCAGCUACAGUUCAUAGCGGUUGUGCUGCAGCCAUGUACACUACUUCUGAAGGCACUACUGCCAAACACCGCUCCCAUCGCUGAGCUUUGCAGGAAAACGCAGGAAUCGUGGCACGAUGAGAUCGAGAUGCAGGGCCAGAAGUUAUGGAGGCAGGACGAGUCCGUACCCGGCGGGAAACACAGCAGUUGGUCCAACAGGGACAGUGAAGAUUAAAGUGACAAUUUAACUACUUAGGCCCCUAGACGAACAAUUUUAUUGUGCAAUAUAAUUGAACAAUUUAUU